AUGUCAAGUACACGUCAUUCGUCUUCGUUAGCCUACCCAAAGGCACUGGAGCCCAUAAAUCACGAGCGCAGAGGCACGAAAGUGACACAGCAUCUCGGCCGGGCUGACUUCGUCCAGGGUGAGGUAGAACGACUGCUCAAGGAACACCAGCAGAAUCAAGAGCUGGUGCACAAGAUCGGUAGCAACAUCUACCAGAUCAUCUACCCGGUGCAGCUGCGGCACCACGAGAAGAUGGGCAUCUCGACGCGAGAGGUCGGCGCACCAAAGGUACGCUAUCGAACCAGAGCUUCUUCCUUCUUGCCAUCACCACCACAAACACCAUCUUCAUCAUCAAUCCAUGAAUCUACCAUGAAUUCCAUUAAUUUACAUCACCAAAACCACAACUUGUUCGGCAUCAACUACCACCAAAAUGCAAGCACACGCACACGUAAAUCCUACAAUUACUAUGAUGCCGCGACGAGUAACGAUGACCUUUCCAAGAUGUUUCCAGGACGAAGUGGAUUCGAUAGUAGCUAUUCUGGAAACGCUGGUAGCCGAGGACGUUCGAGGACGGGGAAACACUUUCAUCGAACAUCACUUUUGAUAAAAGCUUUUAAUCAUAAAUUUCGGUUAGAUUUGGAAUUAAAUACACAAUUACUAGCUCCUAAUAUUGUACAGAAACACUAUCUCCCAAGCGGGUUCGCGCAGGAUUCACAUCGAGAAAUUGAGCACUGCUACUACCACGGAACGGUAAAAGACUACCCGGGAGCUAGUGCCGCCUUCCACACCUGCAACGGCGUCAGCGGUGUGAUACACGUCGGGAACGAAACAUUUGUUAUACAUCCAUUUUACGGAGGCGAUCUAUCGAAACAUCCACAUGUUAUCUUCGAGGCACGUACAAAAUCAAACAAGGGCUGUGCUAAUUCCGGCAACAUGGAGAACUGGGCGAGGCACCAGAGAAACCAGCGGCAAAACCACCACUCGGGUCUGGUGGUCGAUCAGCAGGACGCUAACGGCGCCGGGCGAUACCGGAGGGACGUCAGCGAGACGACCAAAUACAUCGAAACGGCGCUCGUCAUCGACCGGUCGAUGUUCUCGAAACGUAACGGCAGCACCCGGGCCGAGGUGGUGCACGACGCCAUUCAGGUGGCGAACAUCGCUGAUCUGUAUUUUCGUACGGUCAACACACGAGUAUCGGUUGUAUAUAUAGAGACGUGGCAGGGCCAAAACCAGGCGAAGAUAGACGGUGGACAGGAUAUUAGUAAAGCAAUAUCUAAUUUUAAUGAUUAUACAACUAGAAAUUUAUAUAAAAUAGAUAAGGACACGACGCAGCUGUUAACUGGCGAAACGUUCGCCGGUGGCGAGGCGGGAAUGGCCGUGCCAGAUUCCGCCUGCACAGCGAAAGCCGUCGGCAUUAGUGUAGAUAUCAAUACGUACGAGCCGCAUCUGCUCGCGGGAACGAUGGCGCAUAUGAUUGGACACAACAUCGGCAUGAGUCACGAUGUUCCGCGUGACGGGUGUUCGUGCCGUGACUGGCACGGUUGUAUAAUGUCGCAGACCAUCGUCGGCUUGGAGAACGUUCAACCGUACAAGUUCUCCGAGUGCAGCGAAAUCGACUACACCGUUGCGCUGCGACACGGGAACGGCCUCUGCCUUUUCAAUAAACCAAAUGAGGUCGUGUUCCGGAAGAACUGCGGCAACGGUAUCGUCGAGGACGACGAAGAGUGCGACUGCGGUAGCGCGCUCGACUGCGACAAGACGGACCCGUGCUGCGAUGGCAUCACCUGCAAGCUGAAAAAGGAGUCCCAGUGCGCCACUGGACCAUGCUGUGAUAAAUGUAUUCUAAAGCCUCCGGGCGUGAUCUGCCGGGAUGCGCACAACGAGUGCGACCUGCCGGAGUACUGCAACGGGGAAACCGGACAGUGUCCGCCCGAUGUACAUAAAAAGAACGGGAACCCGUGCGGGAUGAAUGCGACCGGAUUCACCACUGGUUACUGUUUCAAUGGGCUGUGCCCGACGACCGCCGCACAGUGCGAACGGAUCUGGGGCUACAGUGGCACCGGGUCCGAUCGCGUCUGCUACGAGCAGUUCAACACGAAGGGUUCGAUCAACGGACACUGCGGGAAGGACGCUGGUGGCAACUACAUCAAAUGUGAACCAGAGAACAUUCAAUGUGGUUCACUACAGUGCAAAGACGGCGAUCGGGUGCCGGUAGAAGACUGCGUCGAGCCCCUUUACUCUAAAUCAAUUAUUUCAAUUAAGGGCAUCGAGUAUGAGUGCAAAUCGAUGUACGGCAAAACGACGGGGUCGGCCUUACCACCAUACGGUCUAGUGCGCGACGGGACCCCGUGUGGGGAUAAUCUAAUUUGCGUUAAUCAGAGCUGCGUCAGUAUAUUUCCGUACAUUGACCAGACCAGGUGUCCCAGCAAUCACAACAAUAUGGAGUGCUCUGGAAAUGGGGAUUGCACCAACACAAACAAGUGCUUUUGCAAGUUCGGGUGGACCGGCCCGGACUGCUCAAUACAGGCUCAUAUCACAACGACGUACGCGUCACCUGUUACGUCCUCCACGCCCGAGUCCCUCGCCGGCGUGAUGGAAAAGAAAACCACUCGCUACGACCACGACCAAGGUAAAGUGAGCACCUUAGCUAUGGUAAUCAUGUUAGUGGUAAUCGUCAAAUGUGUCUUCCUUUGUUUCGCACUGAUGGCUGUCUGUUACAGAAAGAAAACUACUCGCCUUAAGUACGACCCGCCGUACGUGAAGAAACCGAUGGCCAAGUACGUCACCAAUAAUGCUAACCACCACUCCCAGGAAGAUAUUUCGCCAGACGAUCCAAAUAAGCUGAUGUACAGCAACCAGAUGCACCAUAGGGAUCAUAAAUCGAUACGUAGGCUAACGGGAGCCUCUGGUAGCGAAGAAGACGCUGCCCAUUCCGGCGAAGAAGAGACAGUAUCGUUCAUCGAUCUACCCCCCAACAAUACCUCGAAACUUCCAGAAAAGGGCAUACUCAAAAAACACGGAUUCGGUCUAGUGUUGGUCGAUAGCAAUAAAGAAAAAUGGCCCGACGAUACACAGUCCGAUAAUCUCGAAUUGAUAGCUCAGCAAGACUCCACUAUUCCUCCAUCAGGUGGCCAGGCGGGCGCAGCAGUCGUGGGCCCCGUACCGGAUGGCAUGAAGUUUGUCAACGGUUACCACGAGGAUAUCCUCGAAGCAUUGCGCCGGUCGGCAGCCCAGGUACCACGAAGUAGUGCCAACACACCAUCCGGUAGCUUCAGUGAGGAGCUCCUGCGGAAAACCCUCACGGAUUGUGUAACCAACAUGCAGAUGCAGAACGCGCCGAGCGUCUACCCGACGGAGCGCGAGUACCAACGAGGCAGCAGUUCCCGCACCGGCUCCAAAGAGAACGUCUGCGUGCCUCAUCCACUGCUGAGCGACACGACAGCCACCUCUACGCUGAUACAGCAUCAUCGACAGCAGCAGCACACCCAAGACGAAGACGACACGCCCUCUGUUGGGCCGUUACGUAUCCGAAAUCUAGAAGACCUAAUACGACAGCUGGAGCAACACUCAUCACGACAUAUGAGUCCUAAUGGCUCCGAAGACACUCGAGUUUCUGAAACAGAAAUCGAUCGUCACUAUAGAGUAGAUAGUUCAGCGCCUUGUAGUGAAUCAUCGCAUGGCUCAAACCAACAACUAGCUCAAUCACAGAAAACUGCCACGAUACUGCCGCCCUACAGUAGUCGCUGUCGUCCACCGCGAUCGGAUGACGAAUCCCGGUUUUCUUAUGGAGGUGGCGGUGGAGGAGGACCUGGAAGUAGCGGUACCGGACGUUACCGACAUUCUACCAGCCGUCAUCCCGCCCACCAACCCCAUUCACCUCACUCCUUUAGCCAUCACACACACCACGGCCAUGCCCACGGCCACUCGUCACAUGCAGGCCAUUCGUCGCAUCAUUCGUCCCAUACGCAUCUGCAUCAGGAUGAAGAAGGAAUCUACGAAAGUGCCGAUCCCCACCCGGUGCAUCCGCACCCACACGAUAGAAACGCCCUGAGCGACCAGCGCGAUACCAACGAUAGCGAAAGUGAUGACUUAUUUCAAGCUCAACAACAGUUAGCCCGAUGGGCGAGUGAGGACGUGGUUUCCGUGGUGGUAAUGGAGCAAGGAUCGGAUUCGUCCCACGCGCAAGGUCCAUCAUCAGCCAGUACCAUGCACGGCCAUAUUCAACAACAUCCAUCGCAUCAGCAACAGCAGUUGCUUCACGACAACAAUUCCACCACCAUCACCACCACCAGCAACGUCAAUGGAGUACCAGCAAUGGGCAGUUGUCACAAUAUCACCAGUUUGAGUCAUCAGCUGGUGAACAGCAGAGACUACUAUCCUUCACCACCCUCCACCGAGACCGAGAGCUCUGGAAGCGUGGUACCGCCGUCGAGACGUGGACCCAUUAUGCAAGGCCAAGGACCAGACGGAAAUCAUAUAAUGGAGAAUACAGGUCGCUAUCCCGAAUAUAAACACUGAUAGUAGCUAAACGGGAUUUAAUGCCGGCAGAGAUUGAAUCCCUACAUUGACAAAAGCCAAAUCAACUACUAGAUCUUCCAGAUCGCAACAAAAACCAGAACAGCAAACAACCGAAUAACCGCUGCUAAAACGGAAAAUUUAACGUAUUAUCAACAUCAUCACCAUCGAGACGAAUUUAACAGGACAGAGUAAACAUUCAGUAUAGCAAACGCAAACCCAUUCACAUCCUAGAACUAUUCUUUCCAUGAAGAGAGGGAAUCGUUUUCAGUGAAAAUAGCUGUAAAUGAACCAUAAUAGGGAUAAUAAACAGAAAAACACUUUCCAUAAAUAAUUCCAAAGCAAACCGAAUGCGCGGACUCGAGUGAGUGAGUUUAGAAAUGCAAGACGAGAACAGCAGCGCGUGGAAGCAGAGAAUCCUAUAGAAAAACGGAAAAAUAAUGUUGAAAUAACCAGUGAGAACAAUAUGAGUAACAAAGUGUUCACCAUUAUCAUCCCCCACUUCCCCUGCUAAAUAUAUCGUCAGCACCUUUCAUGCUUUCCAAAUCAUCAUCCACCCAGGUGUCUAUCCACCCACAAUUGUGUGUCCUCUCGUUUCAGUAGCAACUUCAGCCAACAGCAGGAGCCGAAGCGAACAGCAAAAAAUAGACGAACACACACAAAUACAAGGCAUAAAACAGGUCGAUGAGUUGCCAGUAUUAUAUUAUGAUAACACAAACCGCGUGAGCGUAUAGGAUAUGCAAAUUAAAUGUCCUUGCCCCGAGUCCGAGGAAAUGGGAAGGAUCCAGUUCCGAGAAGCAGGAGAAAUGAAAAUUUUCAAAGCUAAUUUACGCAGACCUGGUAGGUAGGAUCAGGCCCGUUGGUAGACCAUGCGAUAGAUCCCAAUCGCAGAAUCCACACACGAAGCACACACAUUACCAAUCAAUUACAUGCACAUAAUACUAUAUACUAACAACCAUAGUUUAAUAUAUUCUCAUGUUACUUCGAUUGAUUGUCCGUUUCGAAAUAAGGAAGAAAAUUUCGAAAAUAUUUUCAGUGAGUUUAAGGGGAAACUGUCCAGAAUCCAAAUAAUUUUCAUCGCUCAUUUUCGUAAGCACCAAUCGCAACAAAGAAGCAACGAAGAACUGUCAUCUUUUUAUUCUAGCUUUCCUGCAUCGCAGCAAGCGUGGAAUAAAAAGAUGACAGUUGCUCGUUGCUUCAUUGUUGUUUUUUGAUGGUUGGUUUAAGGUUCAAAUUACCGUCAUCCAGUCAUUGACGAGAAAGACAGCCACGUGCU